CGCCGCUGCUCCGUGUCAGUCGUUGGCCGGUAAUGGCGACCGGCGAGCUCCCCUGAGGUGACUGAGCCCGUGCCGGGCCCAGGGUGGGACGCAGCCGUCCGUGGAGGAGCAAAGCGAGGGGCUGCUGCUAACUCUACCGGGCCCCCAACCCCCACAGGAUGCGUUGGGAGCUGCCCCGGGGGUGGGAGGCGGCGGCGACUCUCAGGUAAACUAACAGGAUGUGGAGCAACAAAUCGAAGGAGGUGCCUUUACAAAACCCAAGGCACACUCCGAACAGGGAUUCCCUCAGAGAUCUAACCACAGCCUGGGAUACUUUUUCUCAAACUAAGGCUACAUUGCGUCAUAUUGAGAAUAAACUGGAGGUAGCGCCUACCAGCACAGCAGUGUUUGAUUCUGUCAUGGAUGCCAAGAAACCCUCUGCCAGUGCUACCAGGAAAAUAAGCAGGAAAGAUGGUAGGUACCUAGAGGAUUCCUUGGUUUCUGCUUCAGCCUCCAGGUCCUCCAGCCAAAAUAAGUCACGCAAAGAGAAGUCCUCCCGCAGUCCUCUUCGAGCUACAACUUUGGAGAGCAAUGUGAAAAAGAGUAGCCGUGUGGAAUUUCGUGAACCCUUGGCUUCAUACAGGGAGACCUAUGGUCCACCAUCUUAUCAAAGUGCUAGUCAAUUGGAGGCAAAAUGUUUGCUGUCUGGUUUAGACCGUAAUGAAGCACAGGAUAAGACUGAAGGAAUGAGCUGUAUGAUAUAUGACAGGAAUGAAAGUGACUUACAUAACAGAAAUUUUGAAAGCCCACGUUCUUCUGCUGCAGAUGACACAGUUGUUAGGUAUUUGAAUGACCGACCAGCAAUUGAUGCUUUGCAGAACAUUGAGUCUCUUUUUAAAGCUGUAACCCCUACAAGAUCAGAGGAGGAAAAGACUAAUGGAUCCAGAAGAGAUGAGAGCAGCACUAAAACUCCUUUGAGUAGCACAGCCCAGGAUGCUGAACUGAAAGGGAUAAGGCUGGCAGAAUCUUCUCCUUCCUCCACUAGCACUUCUAGUGCCCACAGGCUGGAAAUCUUAAAACGGCGGCAGCAUGAUGCUAAAUUGCAUGAUGCUAAAUUGGAGAAGCUGAAGGAGCGGAUUAGGAAGCAAUGGGAGCAUUCGGAAGAAUUAGGCAGCAAGGGACAACUUCUGGGAUAUGCCGAGCAGCCUGUAGUGGUAACAAAUGUGGAGAACGCAGUGACGCCAAAAGUCAGAAAAGUGGCAGUUGCACCCCCUGCUCCAACAUAUAAAGGUUUCAAUCCUGCUGAGACAAAGAUUCGCACUCCUGAUGGAAAGGUGUGGCAUGAAGAGGAAUUUCAUAACAUCAGUAGGGAGUUGUAUCGAGAUAUAGCACUCCAAUUAACAGAGGAUUCAACAGGGAAAGAGAAACCCCCUGAGAAAAGCAAGGAGAAGAAAGCAACCAGACCAGUGCGCAAGGUCCAAAAGCUAACCAGGUCAUCAAGCCCAGAUUCCAAACCAGGUGGAGGCCAUCUGAUAAGUACAUCUUCCUGGCGGGAUGGACAAAAGCUAGUGAAAAAGAUACUGGGUCCAGCACCUAAAGUAGAGCAACAGCACAAAAGAGCAACAUCCAGUGACAGAAAUGGAAGGGAGAGAGCUACUAAAUCUCCAGGCCCUAUUGGAAGGACAGGGUCAGAUCCCAGACUGGAUGUUACCCACAAAACCUGUCCAAGAAGUUCUGAAUGGUCAAGGAGUAAAGUACAGUCUGAGAGUAACCUGAAGAAAUUGGACUCUACUCUUCCAGAUAGUAAACAAGAUGAAGACCAUACCUCCUUAAAUAAGGACUUUCUGCCUAUAGAGAUACGUGGAAUUCUUGAUGAUCUGCAGUUGGACUCAGUGAUUCCAAGUACAAAGCAAGAGAAAGAUGGGGAAAGGCACAGUCAGAAAUCUGCACUGCCUACACAAGGUGCCAGGAGCCACAGUCCAACAAAAAGGAAACCAGACAAGUUAACUGCUAGUGAAGAGCCUCAAGUUAUCUCCAAGAAACGUCACUAUGACACAGAUGAGGUUCGCCAGUACAUUAUUAGACAGCAAGAGGAGAGGAAGAGGAGGCAGAAUGAAGAGAAGAAGGCACAGAAAGAGGCAACAGAACGGAAGAACAAACGACUUCAAGAGCUUUACAAGAAACAGAGAGAGGCUUUUGCUAAGGCAAAGAACAUGCCAACUUCUGAACCUUCAGCAGCUAGGCGACUACAGGAAACCUAUUCUAAACUGUUGCUGGAACACACUUUGCUAGAGGAAACUUCUCAGCUCUCUCUUGCGCAGGAAAUGCAGCCCAGGCCUGGAUAUCAACCAUCUGGGGAAUCUGACAAAGAAAACAAGGCACAAGAACGUCCUCCUAGUGCAUCUUCCAGUAGUGAUAUGUCCCUGUCGGAACCUCCACAGCCUCUUGUUAGAAAUGAUUUGAUGGAGCCUACGUGGAUACAGCCAGAUAGACUGAGCCCAAGAGUCCAACUCUCUCACCCACAACCUCUUGCUGGCUCAAGUGGAGGACUUUUCUCCCAGCUUUUGGAUCUGGAGCAGAUGGGCCUUUUGCCAAAGGACUUUGACUCAGUACUGUCAACCAGGAGGAACCACAACACAGCUGUGGGAUCCUUGACUUUGACACCUCAGCCUUACCUGACUUCAUCUGCUGCACAGCAAGAUCUCUUGGUAAAGCCUGGUGCCAGCCAAUAUAAGAGUAAACUGGAUCGUAUUGAAGCCCUGAAAGCUACAGCUGCUUCUUUGUCUAGCAGAAUUGAAAGUGAAGCCAAGAAGUUAGCUGGGGCUGGCAUCAACUAUGGCUCAGUGUGGAACUCUGAGCAACUACUGCUGGGGAAGCAGGAUGAUGGACACUGGGCUAAGGCUGUGAGUCCCCCUGUGAGAGAGGAUAAUGAAGAUGUUUUCUCAGCCAGAAUUCAGAAAAUGUUGGUUACUUGUGUGUCUCAUACAACCUUUGAUGAUAACCUUCCUGGAGUGGGCAACCUUAGUGAAUUUAAAAAGCUCCCUGAGACUAUCAGGCCUCAUACUGCUGCAGUCAGCCUUGGAAUGAGAUCCCCAGCGAGUCACAGACCUGAAGGAAUAUUAGGACAUUUAUCAAAGAGGCAAACUGACUCCCCUGGGUCUGAAAAUCAGGCUUAUAGUCAAAACAAAGGCAUAAUUCCUCACAAUUCCAGCACAGAUUCAAUCAGUGAAGGACCUCUUCUAAGUGAGGGGAGUCUCUCUGAGGAGGAAGGUGACCAACGUAGGCAGUCUCCUUUGAAAAUUGUUGAGGUGUUAAAAGAAAAGGAGUUCUGUGUUGGGGAGAGAACUGCUUUUGAGCCCAUAAAAGAGUUUCAGAAGGAGGCAGAAAAGUAUUUACCACUUUUCACACAGACAAGUGGCACACAAAGCAAGGGACCAUGGGAGGAACUGGCCAAGGGAAGUCCACAUAGUGUCAUCAACAUAUUUGCAAAAUCUUACCAACUACAUGGAAAAGGAUUUGAGGAAAGGUCAAAUGGAGGGUCUCCAAUCUUGCGACCUUUACUUCCUACCAUGAGCCCUCCAGAUAGUGUUGUUUCGUAUGAAGAUGACUUUGUUUCAUCACAGGGCAGUGGAACUUUGACAGACAAACAGAUUGCUCUUGAGCCUAGUAUCAGUGGCAGCAGCAAUUCCAGCAUUCAAGAAGAGCUUCCCAGCAGGAAGUCUCCCCAUGAACACCGAUCUAUAGAGCUAACCUCCCAGCAUUCACCUGGACCCUGGUCUGCAGCAUCUUCUCGCUCAUCUGGAUCUUCUAAAAGGAGAGGGAAAAAGGAAAGGAUAGAAUCUUUCAAUGGAAGUUCACACCACUUUCCUGUGGAAGACGACAAAAUAGUAUCUGAGUCAGACCGUGGGUCCCAGCAAGCAAAGAAGUCCUUGCCUAAUAGCAGAGUUUCUAAUAGAGACCCUGAGCAGAAUGCAGAUACUGAUAGCACUUUGGAAGAGUUGUCUGGACAUUCUUUGAUGAGUCUCUCAGACAAGGGAAGGUCCCAGAAGACCCCAACCUCUCCCCCAUCUCCAGGCUCCCAGAAACUGUUACAGUUUGACUCUCUAGGAAAUACAGCGGAAAGAGCCAGGUCCCCUGCAGGCUUUCCUGGGACUACAGCUUCAGGGUUCAAGCCCAAUGUACCCAUCUCUGACUUGAGCCUGGGAACUAGCAAGACAGGAGCAGCAGCAGUGGCUGGAUCCAUGCGCUUCUCUCCUGCUGGUCUCCAGCAUCGUUUGUCAGCAGAGCUCAACUACCUGAGUGCCAUUGAAGAAUCUGUACGACAACUCUCAGAUGUAGAACGAGUGCGGGGCAUAUCACUUGCCCAGCAGGAGAGUGUUUCACUGGCUCAAAUCCUAAAGGCACAGCAGCAGCGACAUGAGCGGGACUUGGCUCUUUUGAAACUCAAGGCUGAGCAAGAGGCUUUAGAGAGUCAAAGACAGUUGGAGGAAGCGAGGCAGAAAGCGGCGCAGGCCCAUGCAGAAUCUCUGCAGCAUCUGGUCCAGUCACGACAGGAGGCAGCAGAAGCACUACAGGAGACGACAUGUAAAAUUGCAGCCCAGCAGGUGGAAGCUGCUUUGCUCACCACGGAUGCAGCUCGCCAGAUCCGUGAGAUGACAGAGUUGGCACGAACACAGAUCUCAGAUGCAGUCAGUGCUCCAGCAGCUCCGAUCACCACACUGUUCGACCAUCAGCGGCAACAUCAUUCAAAGUUCAUGAAAGAGCUCAGAGAUCGAGCCGAUACAAACAGGAAAAAUGAAUCUGGAACCCCUUCACAAAGUAAAGAGAAGACAGCUGACUCAAAGCAGACAUACUCCCCAUUAUUUGAUAGUUACUCAGAAUCCUCAAGAUCCAAGAAUCAUGAUCAGAGUAGCAGCAGCAGCCGGCAGGAGAGUCCUUCAGUUCCUUCUUCCAAGGAGAAUGAGAAGAAGCCCUCCCGACGUGAAAAGACGAGCAGCUCCAUAGAAGAGCAGGCUCGUACUGGUGUGGAUGAUUCCUUGCGGAGCGAUAGUAUUCCAUCACUACCAGAUGAGAAAGACUCAGCUUCCAUUGCAACAGAGUAUUCCCUGAAAUUUGAUGAGUCCAUGACAGAAGAUGAGAUAGAAGAAAAGUCUUUCCGGUCUUUGCUACCUUCUGAGAGCCAUCGCAGGAUUAACAUGGAGAAGAAACGAGGUCAUCGGGACGAUUCUGAUGAGGAAGUCUCCCCAGAAAAGACAGCCCUGUCAUCUGUAAAGGAGCUAAGUAUGCCAUUCUCGGGGGGGCAGGAUAGUUUCUCUAAAUUCACCAUGGAGAUGGUACGGCAGUAUAUGAAGGAAGAGGAAAUGCGAGCAGCUCAUCAGUCUUCACUGCUUCGGCUCCGUGAAAAGGCACUGAAAGAGAAAACCAAGGCUGAGUUAGCCUGGCUGGAACACCAGAAAAAACAUUUACGAGACAAAGGAGAGGAUGACAAGAUGCCACCCAUCCGAAAGAGACAGCGUGGUCUGCUAUUGAGGCUGCAGCAGGAGAAGGCAGAAAUUAAGCGUUUGCAAGAGGCCAAUAAGGCAGCUCGGAAGGAGAGACAACUGAUACUUAAGCAGCAGGAGGAGAUAGAACGAAUCCGCCAGACUACCAUGAAACUGCAGGAAAAACUGAAGUCUGCGGGGGAAAACAAGCUGGAGGUUCGCAGUGAGGAUGAUAUAAAGCAGAGCAAUGCUUCCAGCCCACUUCCAACUGAUGUAGAGACCCGCAGCCCUUCCCCAAUCUCCAUCUCCAGUAGUGAGACUAGUAGCAUCAUGCAGAAGCUCAAGAAAAUGCGUAGCCGAAUGGAUGAAAAGUUCCUGACUAAGCGAGAACAGAAGCUGAUGCAGCGGCGACAACAUGCUGAAGAACUGCUGGAGUGGAAGCGCCGUCUAGAUGCAGAGGAAGCAGAGAUACGUCGGAUGGAGAAACAAGCCUUAGCUGCUUGGGACAAAGAGAGACUCAAAACAAAAACAGCCAAGAAGGAACUGGGGGACCAGAGAGCUGAACCCAAAGAAACAGCCAGUGAAGAGGAGUCUCCAUUGCUUUCCUAUACUCGUGUAAACAGUGAAAGCUCUGUCCCAGAAGAACUAGGCAGUCCAGCUGGUGAACCUGUCCAAUCAGAGGCUGUGGACCAAGGGAAGCCAGUAAGCCCAGAUCAUAGUACACUUACUGAAGAAAUGGUUUACUCACAGGAUCUAGAGUCUGCUACCUCGCCAGGCAAGCUUUCUCCUUCCAAAAGCAGUACAUCUAUGUCAAAGCAGGAUUCCAUCAAAGGAAGCCACAGAACUGGAGGGCAGCUGCAUUUACCUGUGAAAUCCCAUCAAGUAUCCCACAGUUGGUCUGAUGAGUCUUUAUCCAUGACACAGUCAGAAACCACAUCUGACCAGAGUGACAUUGAAGGCCGGAUCAGGGCCCUAAAGGAUGAGCUACGGAAGAGGAAGUCUGUUGUUUAUCAGCUGAAAAAGGAACAAAAGAAGAGGCAGAAGGAGAGGCUGAAAGCCCAGGAGGCCAGUUUGAUCAAACAGCUAGAGUCUUAUGAUGAGUUCAUAAAGAAGACUGAAGCAGAGCUGAGCCAAGACCUGGAGGCAUCACCCACAGCUAAACCUCAGAUUAAAACUCCAUCCUCAUCUACUGAAAAACCUAAAAUCAAGCCACCUCCACUCCACAGGCCUGAGACAACCAAGAAUUGGAAAUCACUGACUGAGUCAGAGCGGUCCAGAGUAUCUUUGGAAUCCAUUGCAGAGCAUGUUGAUGCUGUAUCAUCAAGUUCUGAGAGGUCUGUGUCUGUACACAUCAAGAGACUCAUUGACUCAGAGGUUCAUACAGAAGAACCUUCCCGAACCCUAUCCCCAGUCUUCAAGUCACCAAGGAGAUCCAGAGCUGAAUCUGGUGAUUCCUUGGACAGUGUGCCCAUAUCAGCUCUUCUCCAAGAUCUAAGAGAUAGUGGCAAAGUAUCCCAUGUGUUAGUGAGCAAGUCAGAAGAUGUAUCCAGUGAUGAUAUUGUGUCUAAUCACAAAUCUGAUAUACAAGAGGAGAUGGAGUACAUAAAAUCAGAAGAAUCCGAGGUUGAAGAUGCUAAUAAUAAACAUUCAGAGAGUUCUGGUGCCUUGUUGAUGCUAGAUAUACACCAGGAAAGCUUACCAGAAGUCCUUCCAAAGAGAGACCUUCACUCUGACACUGAACAGUCUCAGAAGGAACUAUUUAGCUUGACUGCUGAAAAUAUUCAGAGUAGAGAAGAGAUCUCAAAACAGAGACAGACAAUCAAAGAUGAUGUAGGGAGUGAUCAAAGUGACAGAUCAGAAAAGUCCUCUCUCAGCUUGAGCAAGUGGGCACAGGAAAAAGACUUCUCUCUUCCAGAACAAGUUUUUACUCAAAAAGAGCCAUCAUACUCUGAAGAUUUUGUGGGGUCCUCCCCCAGAAAAGAGACAUCAGUUGAAGAAACUCCUUCUGCUGAAUGUUACAAAGAUGAUUUUGAGAUGCCUACAUUGUCACAGAGAAAAGAUUCUCAGUCACUUAGAGAGAAAUCACAGCAUACAAAACCCCCUAGAAGCAGAUCCACCAGCCUUGGCAGUGAAGAUGAAAUCAGUGAAUAUCUCAGUGACAAGUCUCUCUCUGUCUCUGGCAGUGUGCAUUCAGAGAGAUUAUUAGAACUCAAGUCACCAACAGAGCUCAUAAAAAAUAAAGAACGCAGUGAUGUGGAGAAAGAACAAUCCCCCAUUGAAUCACCACUUUGGGUCUCAGUUUCCAUCACAGAAGAAGCAAACACACUGAUAAAUUUCAGCAUUGGUGACCGGAUACUUGUGAGUAACGUCCAGCCUGGAACACUGCGAUUCAAAGGUCUGACCAGUUUUGCCAAAGGGUUUUGGGCUGGUGUGGAACUGGAUAAACCUGAAGGAAACAACAAUGGGACUUAUGAUGGUAUUAAAUAUUUUGAUUGUAAGGAAAAGCAUGGUAUUUUUGCUCCUCCUGAAAAGAUCUCUCACAUUUUAGAAAGUUUUGAUACCUAUAUAGACACAAAUGAAGAUGAAGACUCGUUCUUUGAUGACAGAUUGGGUCAGCACCACAAAUCCGAGCAGAAAGACAAAGAAAGUUCCAAAUCUGGCAAAGAUGAAGAAAGCAAGGGAAGAGAUGCAACUGAGAAAUCGUCCCAAGAUAAAGCUCCACCAGGUAUGACUGCUUUAGAAGCCUCUGUUGGACAAAAAGUUGAUGAUUACACCAGUUCUGAAGUAAACGAUAUAAAGGAGGUUUUCACAGCUGUUAGACCACUUGCCAAAGAGCAGUCUGUGGUGGACUGCCUGAAAGAUGCUGUAAAAGAUGAGAUUGUCCAUGCACUGUCUGUUUCUACUAUAGAAAAUGUUACCACCAUUCUAUUGGAAGGUACCUCAGAUGGUAUAUUGUCUGAAAAGCUGGGGAGGCAGCAGUCCUCAAGGGAGGAAUGUACUGAAAAGUCAGAUAAGUUUUCUUCUGGAGUUUUGGAAAAGCCUGCAACUCCACUUCUGGACCUAUUGACCAAGGAAAAGAAUCAAUUAGAAGCCCAACUUAGACUGCCUCUUAGAGAGGAAGAGAAGUCAAAAGACCAGCUAGAAAAGGUCUGCUUGUUGACAGACAGUCUACUUAAGGAUUUUGUUAAGGACACUGUCAAUCAGCUACAGCAAAUCAAGAAGGUCAGGAAUGAGAAGAUUCAUCUUAGCAAUCAGGAGCUCUGUGAUGUCCAAGAGGAAUUAUCAUCCAGAACCCCAGCCCAGCAUGUGGAGGAGCAGGUAGCAAAGGGCCUGCAGAACUUUUUUUUAAGUUCUGAAUUGGAAGAUGAAAGAGAAGAAGUUUCCUCUCCAGAUAUGUGUCCCAGACCAGAGAGUCCAGUGUUUGGUGCCAGUGGACAGGAAGAGCUUGCUAAGAGGCUGGCAGAACUGGAGCUCAGCCGGGAAUUCCUGAGUGUGUUAGGAGAUGAUCAAGACUGGUUUGAUGAGGACUUUGGCUUGAGCUCCCACAAGGUUCCGCAGAAACAAACUGAAGAAUCAGCGGUGCUGCCCAAGACAGAGCCACAAAAAGUGCCACCUAAGCCAUGUGAGGAGCCUUUGGCUGUUCCACAUACUGCAGUGGAAGUAGAAGGCAUGGUGCAUGCAGCAGCUGAGGAGCUGUGGAAGUUGAAAGAGCUGGGUCAUGAUCUUCAGAAUAUCAGCCUUCCCAUAGACCUUAGUAAUACCACCAAAGAGCAGGACAUCGAGACUAUAAGCAAAAAGGUCUAUAAACAGGCGGUAUUUGACUUGACGAGAGAGAUUUUUCGGGAAAUCUUUGCUGAGGAUCCUAAUCUGAAUCAACCUAUUUGGAUGAAACCAUGUAGAAUUACCUCCACUUACUUCCGGCGAGUAAAAGAUCCAAAUGAUCUUGAUGAGAUCAAGAGUUUCAUUGCAGCUGAAGUACUGAAAUUGUUCAGCUUGAGGAAGGAAUCUAAUCACAAAACAGAUUGGCAGAAGAUGAUGAAGUUUGGACGCAAGAAACGGGACAGAGUGGAUCAUAUACUGGUACAGGAACUCCAUGAGGAAGAAGCUCAGUGGGUGAAUUAUGAUGAGGAUGAGCUCUGUGUGAAGAUGCAAUUGGCAGAUGGGAUCUUCGAGGCCUUAAUCAGAGACACUAUUAAUGUUCUGAACCAGAUAAAUGAAAAACAAGGGAGACUACUGCUUUUGUGACAUCCGUGAUAAUAAACCAGAAACUACGAAACUUCCUGUCAUGGGCUUUCUGACUCCUGACAUACUACAUCUCCACCAUAGCAAUAUUGCUGCUGGACUUACAUACAUGGUUUUAAAGGCAGUUCAGAUGUGAUAAAGGAACACAGUAUUACAUCCCGCUGCCUUUAGAGACCUUACACUGGAUUUGUUGUUGUAAACAAGCAUGGUCCUUCACUCGAUGCUGGCUUGUGGUGUAUUCACACCAUCCUUUUGCUAAUUCAGCACAGAGAAUAUAUGUCAGCACCUCUCCAUGGUCUCAGACUGGGACUAUGAACUUCAGAUUGUACUCUGAAAGUGGUUGGAUGUGGUUGGGUUGAGAUACUGGUCACUUGGCCCAAAAUUGCUGUCAGCAAUCUAAACUGAAGUGAUCUUUAGAAAGGUGUAUUGGGUGAUUUUGAUAACUGCUUGUCAGUUUUUAGCCAUAAAUGGACAUUACAGCAA